UGGGUUCGGUGUCCGAUGGGGAUUUGCAACGCGCCUGCCACGUUUCAGCGGGCGAUGAACAUGACAUUCCCAAACUUCGUCAACAAGAUGCGGCUAACUCAGGGACUGAUCAAGUUCUGCGUGAUCGUAUACAUGGAUGACACCCGUAUCUACUCGGAGACCUAUCACGGGCAUGCACAACACAUUGAGUGGACGCUGGGAGCACUGAGGGACGCUGGACUCAAGAUCGCACUCGAAAAGAGCGAAUUUUUCCUUUCGGAAAUUUCGUUCUUGGGCUAUGUCGUGACGCGUGGAGGACUGCAGCCUGACUCAAGAAAGGUCGCGGCGGUAAGAGAAGCUCCGGUUCCCACGUCGCUGACGCAGGUUCGAGCCUUCUUGGGAUUAGCAUCGUACUAUCGCUGUUUCAUCAAGGGCUUCAUAGCGAUUGCACGACCGCUAACGAACCUGUUACAGAAGGACCAGCCCCUCAGUUGGGACGCGGAGUCACCGGAGUGUGAACAGGCCUUCAAGACCCUCAAGGAUGCUCUGGCGACAACACCUAUUUUGAUCCGGCCGGACCCCUCGAAACAAUUUAUUCUUAUCACGGACUGGCAACCGGAAGCUAUCUCCGCUAUUCUAGCGCAGAAGGGGAGCGAUGGUCGCGAACAUGUCAUCGAGUACGCAUCACGAACGGUGCCAGACGAAUGGAGGAACGACUCAGCACCCCAAGGCGAAUGCUAUGCAGUAGUCUGGGGAAUCGAGCACUUCCAUCCGUAUCUCUAUGGACAGAAGUUCCGCCUUGUGACGGAUCACGAACCCUUGCUGGCCUUGAAGAAGCUCACUAAUCACACGGGUAUGAUUGGACGUUGGGCGGUACGACUACAGGAAUACGACUUCGACAUCAUCCACCUGGAAGACAGAAAGGCACGGGUCAUGUGGACGUGGCACGAGGAUCACCGCCAGUGGGCCGAGUACCUCAAACUGCUUAUCAUCCAGGCGUGGCGAACGGAAGUGGAGGGCGAUCUACUCAGGUUCCUCUUCGGAUUGGUGCGGCCCGAUCACCGCCAACCAAUCGUGCACGAGUUAACGGUCCCCCUUGCGCAACUGGCCGGCGAUCUCCCACUCGAGAUUGUCUCGCAGAGCGACGACAGCCCGGUUCCGCACGUUCUCACACGAACCUUGGCACCAUAUCUUCAGUGGCCAGCGUGCUUGGAGGAACCAGUGACCCGCCGUAACCCGCCGUCACAGCGCGAUAAGUUGAACCCGCACGAGAUAGUCGAUCUCGCCUUCUUCCAAGAUCGGACGGCUUCCGAGAACGAGGACGUAGAGAUUGAAGCGGAGGAAGAAGAAGAGGUCGAAGAAGAAGCCGACGGGGAAGAAAGUCCCGAAGAAGGGAGUUACAGUGAGCACAGCGAAGGAGAGCAAAGUGAGGAGGAGGAGGAGGAGGAACAAGACGACGAAGAAGAAGAAGAAGACCAUGAGGAAGAAGAGGAGUCGGAGUACGAAGGAUUUGAGGAAGAAGUGUGUGACGAGGCUCGGGCGCAGGCCCAGGCGCAAAAGAGAGAGGAGAUCGCGGCCGGGAAGCAACAGUAGGAAUUCGACAGUGCAGCCGGUCAGCCGCGCACCGACGAU